CUACCCCACCACUGACCGUGGACUAUGAGGAUGGGAUAUUGUCCACGGCUGGUUCCUCGGACAUGUUAGCGGACGGGGAAGAUGAGGAAGGAGAUGAGGAGGACGAGGCAGUCGACAGUGCUUACAACGCUGAUUUCCCCGACAGCCAGGAUCUCUUCAUCACCCUUACAGAGAUCCCCUACCAACCGUCCCCAGCCGUUAACCCGGACACAGAAUCUGGGGAAGGAUCAGCCACCACAUCUGCGACUGUCUCACAACCUAGCCUGGCAUCACACUCCCAGAGGCUAGCGCAGAUUAGGCGUAGGAAGAAGAGGACACGGGAGGACAUGUUCUCGGAGCUUAUGGCCUGCUCCCGAGCCCAGGCAGCACAGCAGACCCAGUGGCGGGAGAACUUGUCCCAAAUGCACCAAGCAAACAUGGAUCGGGAGGAGAGGUGGCGGCAGGAAGACCAGCAGGCGACUCAAACGCUGCUUGGACUUCUGAGGGAGCAAACGGACACGCUCCGGCGCCUUGUGGAUGUUCUGCAGGAACGGAGGCAGGAGGACAGAGCCCCGCUGCAGUCUCUCUCUAACCGCCCUCCCCCGCCACCAAGUCCCAUACCCCCCUCACCGAAAGUGCAAAGAAGGAGGGGCGGCAGAGUCCGUGCUAACUCUCACUCCACCCCUGCAGAGAGCUCUAGUAGUAGAAGGCUCUCAUUCCCCAAAAUUUGACAAGUUCUUUCCUUCCCGCCUCACACAAGCCCCCGUCCAAGUUUCACCUCCCA